AUGACAAAUAGCAGCAAUAAUGGAGGACGAAUCAGCUGCACUGACUCAUUGAAUUCAUAUAAAAAUGAAUUUUACCACAUGAACCACAAGUACCGAGGUAAAGCCAUCAUUUUUAGUCAUGAUAGCUUCGAUAUCGAUAUCCCACCACGAGCCGGUACUCGAAAAGAUUGUAAUAACUUAGACGAAUGCUUAACAACGUUGGGAUUUGAUGUCAAUAUAUUUCAUAAUUUAAAAUACACAAAUAUUAUGAAACAGAUUAAACAAACAGCUGAGGUGAAUCACUCCGAACACGAUUGUCUACUCGUCAUGGUUUUAAGCCACGGACAUUCGGGAUUGCUCUAUGCCAGAGAUACCCACUACAGAGCGGAAAACCUGUGGAAUCCUUUUAUUGAUGCAAAAUGUCCCACGCUUGCUGGUAAACCAAAGUUAUUCAUGUUUCAAGCGUGCCAAGGUGAAGAAUAUGAUAACGGAAUUACACUACAACGAAAGAUAGAGACAGAUGGCUGGUAUGAACCUCAUAAAAUUCCAAGUCAUCCUGAUUUUCUACUUGUACUUUCUACUGUACCUGGAUAUUUCGCGUGGAGAAAUUCUGAUCAUGGAUCCUGGUUCAUUCAGGCACUUUAUGAAGAGUUAACCUACACAGCAGAAGAUCCUAUUGAUAUUUUGACUCUAUUAACUUUUGUAUGCCAAAAAGUUGCAUUAAAUUUUGAAUCUAACACCUCUGAGGACGCUAGUAAUUACAAAAAACAAGUUCCAUGUUUUUCAAGUAUGCUAACCCGUCGUUUAGUGUUAACAAGAAAACCAAAUGGUAAAUCAAGCAAGAGGGAUAGUUUUUUUGAUAGCUUUAACAAAUAUUUCAGUUCCUUUCAGUUUAAAUAG